AUGCAAGUCACCUUCAUCCUGUAUAUUUUGACGAAACGAGCAAAGCCUUGGGCCUCAGGGCUCAACCUUCACGACCAAAACGUGUUUGAGUCGUUAGAGAUCUUGAAGUCUCUACUUAAAGAGACGGUUGAGCCGCCGAGAUCCGAGUUCAGAGCACGCUCUGCACUCUUGAGGCUCAAGCAAGGUAAGCGUGACUUGCACGCUUACGCACAACACCUACGCUACCUUGCGAGUAGCGUCACGAAAAAUCCUGUUGAUGAGCACACGCUCAUCAACGUGUUCAUCUACGGCCUUGUGGAUGGGCCGGUGAAGACCUACAUGUUGCAAGAGGACUUCCAUACGCUGGAACGGCGAUAG